CUCUUCAGCAAACCAGUCUUCCAGAGGCUCUUGUAUUCUCUCUCCUCAGAUCUCAUUCCUCACGAAAUGUCUCUGGUGGCCAACGAAGAUUUUCAGCACAUUUUGCGUGUGCUAAACACCAACGUUGAUGGAAAGCAGAAAAUUAUGUUCGCUAUGACUUCCAUCAAGGGUAUUGGAAGGCGUUUCGCUAACAUCGUUUGCAAGAAGGCCGAUGUAGACAUGAACAAGAGGGCCGGUGAAUUGACCGCACAGGAGCUGGACAACCUCAUGACCAUUGUUGCAAACCCGAGGCAGUUUAAAAUCCCCGACUGGUUUUUGAAUAGGCAGAAGGAUUAUAAGGAUGGAAAGUAUUCCCAAGUUGUGUCUAAUGCUCUUGACAUGAAGUUGAGAGAUGAUUUGGAGCGCUUGAAGAAGAUCAGGAACCACCGUGGUCUGAGGCACUACUGGGGACUUCGUGUCCGUGGUCAGCACACCAAGACGACUGGUCGCAGAGGGAAGACUGUUGGUGUGUCUAAGAAGCGUUGAAGGCUUCAUAUAUAUUUAAACAAAAUAUAUAUUCUCUCUCAGUUUAUUUCCUUGCUUGUAAGCAUUGUCUGCAGGAGGACAAAUUUUGGGUGUGUUUUUCCCUUGUUUCAAGACAAUUAGAGUAGUGUUUGAAUCAAAUUUUGUUU